AUGGAAUCUCUCUCUUAUGUGCAGCUCUACCUCAAUAGGGAGAUCGUCGCCCUUGUUGGAGCUAAAAACAGCCAAGAUGAGUGCAAAAGCCUUGAUUCCAUACGAACAGCUUUGGAAUCUUUCAAGAUUCCGGAAAAUGGGCGCGAUAAUCGAAAUAGACAGACGUUGAAGGAGUUUUUGGGUAAUUUGGAACGAGUUUUGCAGCUUUUUUGCACUCGAAUCCUCAGAUUGAAGGAUUCGCAGUCACAAGAGGUCAUUUGUUUGUACUUGUCACUCAUUUCGGUUCUUCUGGACCUCCUUGGCUCUAGGCCACUUGGGGACCCUGUGUGUAUGGUCGUCAUUCACAGCUGGAAGGUCCUUUUUUGCGGUGAAUCUGGACUUGAUACACAGCCUGAGGUUGUGAUUAAGGGAGAACAUGCGUUAAAGGAGCUUUUGAACCUCAUUUGUAUCGCUCUGGAAAGGUACAAAUGUGGUCCUCGUAUAUCAGAUUUGAUCUACAUUCUUCUGGAGAUUUUCAAGUAUACAGGAAGCAGGGCGUUUGCUUCAAGGAUAAUUACUCUGUUGACCAACAUUCCAGAUGGCACAUGCAUUGACCAAGUCUACCCAGGCCUGGUCUCCAGAGUGACUUCUAAGCUCUCUGACUUGAAUGAAUCCACAUUUUCUGAAGCUAUAAAAUGUCAAACUGUUUGGAUAUGUCGCGUCCUUGAAGCUAAAGAGGCUAAAGUUGGAGAUGUGCAUAGAAUAAAGAUGCCAGGUUCUAGCACAAGUGGUUCGGAACAAGGGGAUGAAACGCUGGAAAAAACAGAAAAACUGAUAUCUCACAUUGUGACAAAGUAUAGGGACAAAGAUGCCGUCACAAAUGUGCUCUGUACAAGCUGCAUGAAUUUUGAAGUUCUUGACAGAGAAACGAGACUGGUGAUUGCCAAACCGGUGAUAAAGGCCUGUGCGUCCGAUGAAUCUGUCAGGAAUGCAGUAAAGAAUUCAACGUUUUCGUUUAAACUGAUUAUGAGAGAUGUGGUAACCAAGAGCGUGAACGAGAUGGAAGAGGAUGCUCUGCAGGUCUACAGGGGUUAUCUCUCGAUAAAGGACGAGAUUCCAUGCGACAUUGACUUUUAUAUUAUGCUAAAGUUCUUUUUGAACAACAUGACUGGUAAGAUGACGGAUGUUAAUGAAGUUUCCACGUUCAAUCACAAAAAUUUAAUCGACAGCCUCGACUUUGAUCACUCGGUUCCCUCAGAAUCGGUACCAGCGCUUUCAACCGGAGAGUUUACGGCAGUCACAAUUAUGCACUUUGAUAAGCUGCCAUUUGAUACAAAAGUGAAUUCCUUCUACAAUGUAGUUUCACUCUUUUCAUCUAAAAAGCAGGAUCUUACAAACCUCUCAAAGUCGCUGGAACUGCUCUGCAUCAUUGUAUCCUCCAUACUUAACCCGUUUUCUGCCAGUCUGGACGAUGAAAACACCAGUGAUGUUGCCGAAGAAAUUACGAGUAUCCUGCAGGAUUUCAAGGAUAUUUUCCUGAAGGAUGGCAUGUUUAAAGUGCUGGCAAAGAGCGAUGAUGUGGAGCUGAAUAAUGUUGUAAAGUUUAGAAUAAUCUCUCUGUUUAGACUAGUGAUAGCAAACUCGACGGGACCGUUUUUAACGCACAGAGAUGUAACAUCCAUACUCUGCAGUAUAAUGCCAGAGUAUAAUUCCGACUUUGUUAAAAUAUCGCAAGCUUCUGGUGAACUACUCAGAGCUAUGAAUGCAUACUUUUUAAGGUUUCUCAUCCCAAAGGGCACAAGAAUCGGAACCACAGAAACGUUGUCGCUUUGCAAUGGAACCGGAAGCGAGGGAAUCCGCCCUCUGCUAAGUUACUACACGAACAAUAUUCUCACGAGAGUAAUGGACUCUCUGGAGAAUCAUCGCGCUGCAAUGGACAUUAUAUACAUCCUCACAUCCUUUGAGAAUACAAACUUUAAUCCAAAGCUCCUGUUCGACCUUGUGGUUGCACUUUGCAAACAUUUUGACUACGUCCAGCUGAUUCAAAAGGCUGAGACCAAGAGUAUCACACUUUCUCACUUUUACUCCUUCAAUUACAUUUUGUGCUUUAUCAAAAAGUAUGGCAUCAGCUACCAAAUUGAGAGGGACGUUGAUCAAAAAAUGAGUAAAAACGCUAGUCAGAAGGAAGCUGAUGAUAUCAUAGAAACGGGAGAGGGAGAUGUUGUGUUAUCCAUUGUAACGCUGAUAAUUACAAGGGUGAGAUACCACAUUAUACACCUGGACCAUCUCGGCUACUCUGGACUGCUGGCUCUAUACCGCUGUCUGAUUUUGCUCCUGUCAAACCAGUACAUUUUGGGUAUAAGAGUCCACGAGGUUUGGGACUGUCUGUCGCACUCGUUUGAGAUGAACGCACGCAACUUUCGGAACGUUUCCAUCAUUCUCGACAUUUUCGUCUUUUUGGCUACUCACCUCUACGAUUUUCUUGAGCGCAGGUUAGUCUUUAUACUUCAUUUACAGUGUAUUAGGACUCUGGAAAUCGUUGAACAACUGGAAGAAAUGGUCCUUGCGGACCCUCAGAUCGUGACUGAUGCGGACGAGGUCAAUGGCACAAUUCGCUUCAAAUGCUACUCCAAGAUCCUCCAACUCACUGAAAUCAUCUCAUCACACGUUGAAAACAGGGCCAUGUUUGCCAAAAUCGCCGUAAUCGCACUCAAAAUGUCAUCGCAAAAGACCUGCAAGAGUCUCACCGCCAGGGUUGUCACGAUAUUCAAUCACCUUUCCCGCAAGAAUCCUACGCUAAUACGACGUCUAGUCUUAGAAUUCGGCAAGGGCAAGGCCAUGAAUCGAGCGUUUAUCAAGUUCGCACUCAAACGAGACUUUUGCUCAGCCAUUCCCAUCCUGAGAAUCGAACCUCAGGUCAGCACGAGCGAAUGGGAGCCCCGGCUGAUUCUGAGACUGGAGCCACACACUGGCGCCAAAUCAGUCUGA